CGAAAAGCAACAACAUGCAAUCUUCUACAAUUCUAACCCUUUUUGCCUUCGUCCUGGGGGCCCAAAGUGCUAGAGCUGGAACCCUCACCCUUGGGUACCUGAUGGGAGAUGUGUCCCAAGUGGCCAUUGCCGGGGAGAAGGUCAUCCAUCAACUGGAAAACGCUGUGACCAGCUCCCAAUCGGAUUUUGUCCAGCCCACCACUUUGAACAUCCUAAGCGACAUGGGAAACGCCUUGGGAGAUCUGUCUAACGCCAUUACUAGUUUAAAAGUGGAGAACGAUUAUAUGCAACCCGAGGCCACCAAUCUUUUGGGCGAUGUUCUGGGUGGAGUGGGCACGGGUCUUGGAGAUCUGGCUAAUGCCAUUACCAGUCUUAGUGCUCAGAUGAAGAACGGGCCUCAGGCGCGCAGUCUUUCGUCCAAUGGUGCUUCUAUUAUAGCUGAAGGCGGAGCUGUGAGUGCCAAGACUAUUGCCGCUGCUGCUGAUGCUGCUGCCCCCUAUAUAAAGCAACUAAAUGCUGGCCUAGGAGAUCUGGCUAACGCCCUCACCAGCCUCUGAAGCACUCUGGAGCAGUUCAAUUAACAAAUAAAUAUUCAAUCGCGCAAAGAGCUUAGUGAGUGCUUCUUUUGUGCUCCAAUUUGGGCAGAGUUCAUCAACAAGUUGGGCAUCAAUUAGUGCUGGGAUGUUUUGAAAUCCAAGAAGAGUAAACAAGGUCGGGUUCCAGAAUCAGAAUUGCUUCUAGCUCGAUCUGCAUAGAGGGCUAUACAUACGAGUACGUAUAUCCAGAAUGGAAAAGGGGUCAAAUGAUACGAGGUGAAUCGAAGUCGGAACACGUGAUUGCCAACAACAUUAG